ACCAUGACUGUUUGAUCGUGGGGCGCUCUUGCUAAUUCGGAUCCGCACGCGUUCUCAUCACACUACCCGAAGCCAAGAAGAUCGAGCUUAGUCACGUCGAAUAGAGGCACACGAGAAGCGGCAGACUGAGCAGUGUUUGCACGCUCGAAUCAUCUUCAGGCCGCACCUGGACGCCUGGGCAAAACACAGCCUCCUCUGCUGCCUUCACGGGUCAAGAGUCACGCGACAACAUGUCGUCGUUCGUCAAAGAUGUAUUCGACGUGGGCCGGCGCGCCGCUGUCGAUGUUUUGGAGAGCGCCAGCAUCAACCACGACGCUCCUCACAGCCCCGAAGUACCCGAAGAACUACGCGCAUUCAUGCCUGAUCUAUUCGACCGUUUUCCGAUCGUCUGGCCAUGGACCAAGUCUAUACCAGUAGAUCCAGCUUUGGACACCGUUUGGAUCCUGGACAACACAGCUUUCAGGACUCCGCAGCCUGGUGAUAAAAGACCAGAUCUCGCUAAACCCAAGAGUACAAAGGAUACGAAGCCCUCGAGGGUGUCUGUAGAUGGUGGUAGACCUGAGUCGGUUCGCGGUGGCAGUGGAUGGGAGGUGGAGUUCGUGGCGUGCUACUUCUUGAAGAAUUCGGGACGAGACCUAUCUCGCGUUGUAGCUGGAAUCGCCCACGAACUUCAAAUCAGCGACGACGAUAUCGCCACCAAGAAGCGCAUUGCAGAGCGUGUGCAACCGUUUGUGGAUACUAUCCUACCCAAACGAACAUUGCGCAUCUCUAUCGAUGACAAGGAGCAGCAGACCCUCGGACCUUCUGGCUACAGUGGAAUCUCCUCUGGUCUGCACCAGCUACACUUUUCGCCGGAUGGACAGAUGUCCCCUUUUGUUAGCAACGCCGUGAAUGUGCCGCCACCUUUCUCUCUGCCGGCUGUUACGAUACCUGCCGAGGAACGUGGCUGGGCUGUUAUAUCCGAUAUCGAUGAUACCAUCAAGAUCACCCAGACGCCGUCUCCGCUCGGCAUCCUGCACAGCACUUUCAUCGUCGAGGACCCUAACCCAGUCCCGGGCAUGCCGGCUUUGUAUGCGCACAUUCAGGCGACUCUACAAAUGCCGCCCUUCUUUUACCUUUCGGCUUCACCUUACAACCUAUAUCCUUUCCUGCGCCGGUUCCGCGAGGCCCAUUACCCACAGGGAACCAUCAUCCUCCGAGACGCCUCUUGGCAGAACCUCGGUGGCUUGAUUGCAUCCCUUAAUCAGAAUACACAGGAGUACAAGGUCGACCGCAUGGUCAAGAUCCACUCCUGGUUUCCUCAUCGACGAAUGGUCUGCAUUGGCGACAGCACGCAGAAGGAUCCCGAGAGCUAUGGCGAAAUCGCGAGGAAGUUUCCCGGCUGGAUUCGAGCCAUCUAUAUUCGGCGCGUACAGGGGAUCGCGGAAAUGGACGAAAAGGACAAGAACAGCAAUGAGCGAUUCCAGAAGGCUUUCGAGGGAUUGGAUCCUAGCUUAUGGCAUGUCUUUGAAGAUCCUGCGGAACUGGCCGAGCGAGUCGAUGUCCUUCAGCACCAGCAGGGACGUUAGUGAGUAUUGCUCCGGGCGGGCCUACUUGAUCUUCUGUUGCAGCUUGAUGCGUUCUAUUGUUCCGGCUUUGGUCGCUGCGCUGCGUUGUGCUGCAUUUCGCAUCGCUCGAUUUUUUUGACCAGUACUGGGGGCACCACAGAACGCUAACGGGAAUUCGACAGUAUUCAUGACGGACCGGAAUUGAAUGUCUUGAAGACUUGGUCGUGGUAGUGAUGUGGUUGGC